CAUGUGAAAGCCUUGUCAAGCAGACACUCCUGAUUGAUCGGACCUCAGCGCACAGACAGACAGAGCUGCACAGUGUGGACAAAAAGAAGAACGAAAAAACAAACUCCAAGAUGUGUUGCUCCGGUUUUCUCAAAAUCAUGAUGUUCAUCUUCAAUGGUGGCAUCUUUUUGGCAGGUGCAGGCAUCCUGGGUGUGGGAGUGUGGGUGAAGGUGGACAGUGGUUCUCUGCUGGUUUUACUGGAUAAUGUGGAGGGCACGUCUGAGUUCUCCCAGUUGGUCAACGUCGCCUACGUGCUCAUCGGAGUGGGCGCCGUGCGGCUGGUCAUUGGCUUCCUGGGCUGCUGCGGAGCUGUCAGGGAGAGCAGGUGUAUGCUGCUGACGUUCUUCAGCAUUGUGCUGAUCAUCUUCCUCAUCGAGGUAGCGGGAGCUGUGGUGCUGCUCGUCUUCCAGGAUGUGGCUGAGCAGCUUCUUGACCAUGUGGAGGAUCAAGUUAAAACGAGCAUUAAAGACAACUAUGGAAGCAAUGAGAAGUUCACCAGUAUCUGGAACGCCACCAUGGAGGAGUUUAAGUGCUGCGGAUACAAGAACUACACAGAUUUCGAUGGCUCCGCUUUUAACAAUCAGCUCGGAGGAGAUUUGUAUCCAGUCACAUGUUGCAAAGAAACCAUCGGCGUGUGCAAUACAGACGAAGCAUAUAAUUCGAUGAUUGAAGGCUGCUUUAAUAAGCUUCUGCAGCUGAUAGAGGAAAACGCUGGGAUCAUCGGAGCCGUGGCUCUAGGAAUCGCUGCUCUUGAGGUUGCUGCCAUGGUGGUAUCGAUGGUCCUCUUCAAGAAUAUUGGCGAGAAGGCGUGAUAUUUCCUGUUUGGGAUGAGAGAAUGACAUUCUAAUUGGUGGAGAAAUCGUACUUGGAGGCCUUAGUUUCAGAACUAUAUCUGUACACAUUUAUUCUGUAAUUUAUUUACGUUUUAAGAUGCAAACAUUGUAUGUGCUGAGCCAUACAGUUAGUAAUAUGUGACAAUGCACAGGGUAGAAAUAAGUUAUUUAUGUCUCUCACACUCACCGCAAGCUGUAAUAUAAUGAAUUUAUUUUUGUAUGUUUGAUCAAAAUGAAAUAAUAAAUAUCAGAAUAUCACCUUUUA